AUGUGGCGUAGUUUUCCAAGUUUAGUGUCGUCAGUGGUCCGAUCACAAAAUGCUCCAGCCAUCCGCUUUUCCAGUACAAUGAAGCAAUUUUUUGACGAUGAAGCAAAUUUCGGAAAGGCAGAGCUUCGUCCAAAGAAUCGCCCCGGAAGAUCAUGGACCGAAGAAGAAUUGAGACUGAAGAGCAAUUCAGAUCUCCAUAAACUUUGGUAUGUGUGUCUGAAAGAGAGAAAUAUGCUGAUAACGAUGAAGAAAGCACACAUUUCACGUGCACGUAAUAUGCCAAACCCAGAAAGAAUUGAUCGCGUUCAGGAGUCAAUGGACCGAAUUGAAGCUGUCGUUCAUGAAAGAAACGAUGCAGUAUUUAAAUUGGAGACUGGGGAAUCUGCUGCUCCUCGAAAGAGAACAAUUACUUCAUUUGCCGGUUUCACCUAUGAAAAACAAGCAACCGAGCACUAUUCUCCACCAGAAGCUAGCAAGAAAGAAUACGAAACUCCAUAUCUUGACGAUGACGCCUACAUGAUGCAGAAACUUUGGCAAGAGAAGGAAUUCAUGAAGAACCGAGACAGAUUAGACGAUGAGAAAAGACGAGAAACACGAACAGAAGACAUGGAUAGAUUUAAGAGAGGCGCACCUCGGGUUUUCAACAGAUAA